AUGAGAGAGAAACUACAGAUUAAGCUUCUCAGAGUCACUGUCUUCAGAAUCAAGCUCUCUCUGAAAUUCUCUCUGAAUGAUCACACAGGGUCAUACAUCACUGUGUUGAUUGAGAGGGAAAGUGGCGUCACAACAGUGAUGAGAGGGGCAGGAGAUGAAUCAGACACAGAUGAACUGACUGGUAGAAGAGAUGACAUCUCACUGCAAGGCAUGGCAACUACCAUCACAGCUGCAAGAGAAGUAGAAGAAGAUGUGACAAUGAGAGCAGUGCUUCCACGGCUCAUCACUGCUGCCACCUUCAACCUGGCUUUCUUGACAGUCAUGAAGGCCGCAGCCGCAUCACAAAGACAUUUAUUACUCACUAGAAAACAUCAGAAUAAGUUCCUUAUUAUCUCUCAAGAAUAA